CAGUGGAGAAAGUAAGUUUCUGCUUGUGUUCCAAUUUGCCCGGUUCGUUCCUGGUUUCAGUUGCUGCCGAUUUGCUGAUCCAGGGAGCCACUUUUUCUACAGAGGUGUCUGGGCUACUUUCCAGAAUGGCUGCAACAUCGGAUGAAUUUAAUAGAGCCGUUGAUGUUGAAAUUAGUAACAACACCGAGAAUCAAUUCUUCACCUCACCUGCGGUGUACAUUUACAGUGGUUACAUAUACAACUUACCAACACCUUUGAUCAACCCCGGGAAGAAAGGAAGUGCUCUGUUUGUUCGGACUUCAGGCACAGCCCGCGGUAGUGUUGGGGUGCUCAGCUAUACUUUUGGUUGUACCCAGUUCUCACUGCUCUUUUCAAAUCCCUAUGAUUAUAAUCUAUACUCUACAGUUUUUGCUGUAUACAUCCCAGUUGAGCCUGAGCUGACAGAUGAAAACCUGUAUUACAAGAUGUACUAUGAACUUGAACCUUCAAGUUAUUUUGCUAAAGUAGAAUUGAGUUCAGGAUCUGAACAAAUUCUUGUCAGUGGAGGGAAUGUAGUUAUUUCAGCUAUUGUAACAAAAACGGGAAAUUGCUCCAUCACUAUCAGAGAUGUUUAUCUGGCUCAUAAUGACAAAACUUGAUUUUUCAGAAAUUUUUCCACUCCAUCAGUAAUGAAGCUAUCACAAAUUCAUUUUUUUGAUAAUAUUUGAUAAUAUCAGCCUUGUAUAUCACUCAGAACAAUUCAUAAUAAAUGCUAACUAAUGUAAAAGGAAAGCAACAUUAAUAUGGUAUGAAGGGAAUGCUGAUUACUUGGCAAACAGACUCUGAUUGGUAGAUAUAUUUCCAUGGAGAAUACUCCAUUUAAUGAUGAUUGACAGUUAAAUAUCAAGGCGAGUCUAAAUUUUAAACACAGAUUGGACAAGGCGUUACCAAUGGAAAAAUACACCAGAUGUCAUCUACUUUGUUGCAUUGAGAUAAAAUCUGCCUUUUUUGCUUAGCAAUAUUCACACCCUUCUGAUAUAUCUCAAAAUAUUGUGGUAAUCAAAUGUACUCAGCUUUGAAAAUGCUUCGCUAGCAAAUGUCAUUAUAAAGCCAGUUGAUCUUGAUCCUCCCUCAGAUUUGGAGGUACCAGCAUUGGACUGGGGUGGGGGGCGGGUGCAUGGACAAGGUUAAAAAUUGCACAACACCAGGUUCCAGUCCAACGGGUUUAUUUGGAGGCGCUAGCUUUCAAAGCAUUGCUUCUUCAUCAGGUGGUUCCCAACAACCACCUGAUGAAGGAGCAUCGCUCCGAAAGCUAGUGUUCCAAAUAAACCUGUUGACUAGAACCUGGUAUUGUGCAAUUUUUAACUCCCUCAGAUUGAACCUUUAAAGUUUACAGAUGCCAAAUGUUGAACAGAAUAGAGCAUGGGAAUUUUUUUUUUAAUUUUGAAGCAGUUUAUUGAUUGUGUGAACAAUUCUAAUGUAAACCAUGAAAUCAUGUAACCUGACUGCACUGGUUAAAUCACUGUAAGCUUCAUUCUGUAGUUGUGAUUGACACUCACUCUGUUACAUAAUAGUGUAAUGCAAGGGACGUAGGGAGCAGAGGGCAAAUAAAAGGUUUGAACAUGAGUAAA